AUGGAGCUGUUGGACCUCUUCUCAAACCUUUUACCCUGUAGUAUCGAAGCAAUUUACGAAAUGGCUGCCGUAUCCCUAUCAAAGUCUUUGCUUUCGGCAUCUGAGACAUGUGGCUCUUGCUUAGUAGCGAAUUGUGAUGUCGAACAAUUUCUGGUACGCUCCUUCGCUCGAGUUUAUCCCCGCUCCGUACACGGGCAGCCGGUCUCUUUAAAAUUCUCGCCGGAUACAAGCAGUUUUUACUUCACCUUUAUCUCACUGCCAAGCGAGGCAAAUCAAACACUAGCGGAUAUAUUCGUGCCUUCAAGUGUACACUACCGGUCCAGUGGAUUGAACAUCAACGUCGAGCCAGAUUGCAUUGUAGCGGAGAGAACAAGCCCAGAUCAGGUCCUCAUCAAGGCGCCAAGCCAAGGCUUGUUACAAAAGAGAGAG